GGAUCACGAUCCAAACAUCACACUUAAGAGAAUGACCGAUGAGUGUAGACGGCUACAAAACACCAGGUACAACAAAAUAUUAAUUGAACAGAUAAAUCCGAAUUUGACUUACAGUAGUGUCAAUGCUAUUACUAGAUUAAGAGUUCAGAAGCUGAGAAUAUUAGAAACAACUCAUAACAAUUCAACGAAUGGCUGUUGGUUAUGUGGUGAUUGGCAUUAUGUACGAUUAAGCGCAUUUAAGGAGCAUGAAUUUCAGAUGUGCAACAAACGUAGACAUAAAGAAGGUUAUUGUCCAACGAACCAUAUAUCCUAAACCAAGAAUAAGCAUAACCAUCUUUAACGUAUUAUGAAGUCAGUCGAAUGUAAAUCAAAUUCUUGAGUAGCAGCUUUUCAAAUAGACUAUGGCAUUCAGAGG